CACUAUACUAGAUACUAAGUACAACCCUGACCUUAUUAUUAUUUUUUUAUUUUAUCAAAAUGUAUCUAACAAUUUCGUUUUUUUUUGUAUUAAUGUUCUUCGUGUCCAUAUUCUAAACUAUAUACAUGUGUAAUUUUAAUGUAUUUAUAGACUAUUAUUAUUUUUUAUUUUCAUUUUAGAUUAUUUAAAACUUUAACAUGACAUCUAGUGGCCAAUAGCUGUACUAUGUUGUAGCGUUAAUUUUAAUGACUCCAGUUUCAUAAACUCCAUCUAGCGGGGAGUAGCGUACUAUUGCUCUAAACUGUAUACAUUCAAUUCAAUAUGUUAAUUUAAAACAACUUUACCAUUCGAUUGAACUCAGUACUGAAUUCAUAUUUACAAUAAAUCUAUCUAUCUCUGGACAAAUCUUUAAAGUUAUCAUCACAUUAAUCAACAAUUUAAGUAUUCAAUCUAAUUAAACUUACCUAUUAUGUAUUGAGCGACAUCUAGCGACGUUUUAAUUUACCAUUUUCCGAACGGCUAUUAUGGCAAAAGGCAACAUUAUAAACUAUGAAUUAUACAAAAUAGUAUUAUUUAGAUUAUUAAAAAUAUUUUAUUUGAAAAUAGUUGUAAUGUAUUGAGUGAAUUAUUUUGAAUGAAUCAAUGAAUUAUUAUACAAAAGUGUUAAUAACAAUGCAAUAAAAACCAAACGAUCGAGGUCGCCAUUACAUAUCGUUCUUUUAUCAUUCGCUUGCUAUAACUUUAUUUUCAUGAUAAGUAAGUGAUAGAGAUUCCUAGUGUCAAAUAUAGCGCGCGUUAAUAAAAGUUUUAUUUACAUUGCGGGAUAUUAAACGUGAUUUGAUUUUAGUAACUUAUUUAAGGUAUGUACUCUUACUGUUAUUUUUAUUGAUUUUGUACUCGUAACAACUAUUAUACUAUUUUUUUGUGGUAGUACUAUCAAAUACGUAAAUAUAAAUUACAGAUGGCUCCUCCUCGUAGAAUACUAAGGCAGCAAUUAGAGAUUUUAAUGGACUUCUUGGAGGAAAACAAGGAUAUGUCUAAAGGUUUACCACCAGGUACUCCAGUUUCACAUCAAGCCACAAGGCAGAAAUGGGCAGUGCUAGCAAAACAACUUAACGCUGUUCAGUCUGGAGCAUUGAAAACGCCUGAUGGCUGGAAAAAGUAUUGGUUUGAAUGGCGUCAUAAGUGUAGAAGAAAAGCAUCAGAUGCUAGAAGAUAUCAGUCAUCUAAUGAUGGGAACACAAAUAGAUUUAUACCACUCAAUGAUCUAGAAGUAAGAGUAUUGGAGCUGAGUGGGAAGGGAACAGUCACACCCGUUGCAUCUACUUCUAAACAACUAGAAAACUUUUUAGCUGAAGAUUCAGACUCCGAGCCACUUGAAAAUGUUAAAAUAAGAUCAGCUACUGCUAGUUCAAAUAGUAAAAAGCCCACAAAAACAUUAGAUGAUGAUACUCGUGCCUUAACCCCUCCACCAAAGUGGGCAUUAGAAAUUGAGGAACGAAGGAUAACAGCAGAAGAACGUAUAGCGAAUGCUUUAGAAUCUAUAGCGAUAGUAAUGCGAACACAAGAGGAGCGGCGGAGUAUGCUAGAAGAAAGGAUAGCAGAUGCUAUUACGGCCUUAGCGGGCACUGUACAAGAUCUUAAUAGCGGGGUGCAGGAAGCUGUUCAGCACUUACAGCAAUUGCACCCUUUGCAAGUUAAUGGAAUGGAAGCGUUGGAGACCAGCAUAAACUAUUGGGAGGACGCCCUGGCGGCGUUUUCUUUGGGUGCGCGGGGCGGGGUGUCCGGAGCGCUCGCCCUCACGUCACCGGAGGAGGCGGAAUUCUGUAGGGAGAUACAGGAAUUGCUGCAAAAUGCUUACCUUUUACAAGAGAGGUGCGAGCUGCUGUUCUUAGAUCAGCGGUCGGUGUUGUUUCGUUCGGAGAGUGGCGGUGGUGGCGAUAGGGUGGGGGGUGGUGGGCAGACGGAGGGCACGCGCUCUCGGUUGCUCUCUACACACACGGGCUCCUCGCACACGAAGCGCGACCACCAUUCCAGUGCUGAGUCUUUUGCAUCAGCAGAGGAUCAGGUUGCAGAUCUUCGAGAGUUCGAUGACCUCUCAGAACUGUCACCGGAAUUGGAUAGUUUUGAAUUAUAUCAAAACUCUUUAAAACAGCUAGAAUCCGGUAUACCUUAUAGAACACUCCGCACGGACGUGGUGCAGUGCGGUUCCGAUUCGGAGUUCCUGUGCAAGUUGCACUGUUUGCGCGGCGCAUUCCAGGAGGUGUUCCGGGACGCGGCGCAGUGGGCCUGGUUCGUGGACGCCGGCCGACAGGUGCUCACCGAUCUACUGCUGUACGCCGAUAAGGAACCUAAGGAAUUUCUAGUCGCCUACGAGGAAAUGGUGUCGUGGACAUCUGACGGUGCCAACUGGUCUACGAUACAAAGCGAAUUAUUCAGUAAGGGCGUUAAGGUGUUGUCAUUCUACGACGUAGUACUGGACUAUAUUCUGCUGGACGCGUUCGAGGACUUGGCGUCUCCGCCCUCCUCAGUGCUCGCCGUCGUUAGAAACAGAUGGCUCUCGGACGGAUUUAAGGAGAGCGCUCUAACGACAGCAGUGUGGUCUGUGAUAAAGGCCAAGAGGCGUUACUUACAAUAUCCAGACGGAUUCAUGGCCCACUUCUAUUCAAUAUCGGAGCAUCUUCUACCGGUCCUCGUAUGGGGUUUUCUUGGUCCCCACGAACGUUUACGAGACGUAUGCGAGGCCUUUCAAGCUGAAGUGGUCGGCUUCAUAACAGACAUAUUCAGUUUCCAUAAGUGCCGUUACACGACAGUCGAGGACUUGGCAACGGAUAUCCUUCAACACGCUAGAGUUCGAGCGUCCAACAUCACAGACAAACUAGCCGAUAGAGCUUAAGGAUUCAUUUAGAAUAAGCGUAAAUGCAAUUUCAAUGAUUUACAGUAAUUUAAACGUACAUUCCUUAUAUGUAUUUGGUAAUGUUUACAGUAAUACCCAUUUAUACAGGGUUAAUGGUAAAACACCAACAAUUUUCAAGGACUAGAUAGCUUACCUAACGUUAUAAAUAACUAUAACCGAGAAACUAUGAUAGUAAGCAACUUCCACACCCAGUCAGUAUCUGCAAGACCUGCUAUGUACCGCCUGCAGACAAAUUCACAAGUACACACGGCAAUUCAUAUGUGUUUCCGUUUGUUCUUCCGCCAAUUAACGCCUAAUUCUAUGACAUAUUUUAAAUAGCCAUGAUGAUUGUUCGUAGUUAAAUUGAUUACAUUUUGCAUUGAUAUGAAAACAUAAUUUAAUUAAUCGCUAUGAUGUUAAUAACUAGGCGCUUCUAGUAUGCAGUAAGCAGGUAUUUUACACAGCACGCGAGUGCCGACCUUUUUUUUAUUAACAAAACAUAUAUCUAUAAAUGAUACAGCAGUAAAAUAAAUAAAUAUUUAACAUUAUUAACAGCAUUUUUUAAUGUUUCUGUUUUUAAAUUCAUUGAAGUUAGAAGUACUAAAUUGUGGUCCUAAAAGUACUAAUUAUAUGUUAGCCAUUUAUCCGGCGUUAUUGCUGGUGUUUUAACCCUGUAUAUAGAUCCAUUCAGAUUAUAUCACCUGUAUAACAAUAGAUUAUGGUCUACUAAAACCUUUGCAUAAUUGAUGGUUUUGUGGACAAAAGCGUAAUAUUGUAGUUGAAAUCAUAACCAAAUAGUUACCUAUUAAAUUGAGCAUUUGUAUAGUCAAGUAUUUAACCAACAUACUCUAAACAUAAGUGGCGUCGAUAAUCUUGUUUAGUAAAGGGAUAACGGCUGGUUUCUGAAUUGAGAAAAGUACAAAAUCUGAACUGCUUACCCAACUAGCAAAUUAGUCAUAUAAGGUAAAGUUUAUUCAGCUUUUCGGUGUUAUAAAAGUCGAGUAAGUGUGAAUUAUUCAGCACGUAUCGUAUAAAAGCAUCUUAUAUAGCUUUUGAGUUAUUCAGCAUUUCGGUCACAUAAUGAUGCUGAGUAAACGUUUAGUCAGCAUCCUUAUAUGACUUAAGUGUCAUAUAAUAUUUUGCUGAAUAAGUCGCUAGUAUACGACGCUUAUGUUACUAUUUCGUCGAGUAAAAGCAUAUUAUAUAGCUUUCUUAUGGCAAGGUUGACUCAGUCGAGUAAAAGCAACAUUGUUGCUUUUAUACUACUAUUAUGUAGUAUACGUCGCAUUUAUACGACUAUUACAAGCCUAAAAUGUCGUAUAAUUGUAUCCAUUACACCGAUCAGAUUGUUUUGUGUAAAAUGCUGUGAGUAGUUUACAGUUAUCG